AUGGCGACCGGACUCGAGGCUGUCGGGGCUGCAUCAACGCUCGUGAGUAUCAUUGGCUUCUCUUUUCAGAUCUUCGAUGGAUGCGUCAAAGGCUUCGUUCUGCUCUCGACGGCCGGCAACCUGGGGCGGGAUGCAGACAUUUUUCGCUCUAUGCUGGACUGGGAGCAAUUUAGACUUGAGCAGUGGGCAGAAAAGGUCAACCUACAGGAUCCAUCCCAGGCGGACAUGCUUAUGGAUUGGAAGCUCGUUGCAGAUACCUUGCAGCAUCUUGAGAAUCUUACCAACGACACUAGAUUGUUGAAGGAGAAGUAUAAGCUUGUGCUGUUGGAGAAAGCUCCGCCACUGAUGAAAGCGACCGCUGUCCUGGAUGAUGAAAAAACUUCGACUAGCCGCUUCAAGAGAUUGUUCGGCCAAGGCGAGAAGUACUCCUCUACUGCUGCAGCCAAGGUCAUCCAAGCAAAAAACAGUUACCCAAAAAAGCUCUGGUGGGCCGCGGUGGACAAGCAGAGCAUGAAGCGUCUUAUCGAUGAUAUUGCGCAUUUUGUACAGCGCCUGCAUGAUCUACUGAACUCUUCCAUUCAAUCUCAGAUGAAGCAAUCCGUUGAUACAUUGCUACACGAUGCGACUCAAAGAUACCAGAACGUACCCGACCUUGAGUUUCUACGAGAAUUGGCGGCUCGUAUGAGGCCAACGGGACCGGACUACGGGCAAGCUGACGAAGACGAUAUCAACGCUGAGAUCGACAAAAAGUUCAGAAACUUGCUUUUCCAUUCCAUCCGAAAGGGCGACACCGAAGAAGUGGAGCUCUUAUUAGAUAAGGGAGUUGAUGUGCAUGCGGAUGAUAAUGUCGGAUGGCCGCCGAUGGUGCGAGCUGCGGAACACGGCCAAUUAGCCAUUGUCGAGAUCCUACUUGAGAGGGGAGCCAAUCCUCUGAAGGGUACCGUGGGUGACAGAUUACCACUGCACUUCGCAGCAGAGGGCGGGCAUUUAGCCGUUGUCAGACUGCUGUUGAAGCAGCCGAGCGUCGACCCAAAUCUGAAGGACUACACGGGGCAAACGGCCAUAUUCAAAGCUGCCAACAACGGUCACCACGCAGUCGUGGAGCUUUUGCUACAGCAGAAAGAUAUUGACCCAGACGCGGUAUCGAAAGAUGGUUUCACGCCUCUAUUGCAAACAAUCUUUGGAAGGCACCAAAAGGUGGUGAGACUCCUGCUUGACAGGGCAGAUGUUAACCCUAAUCAAUGCGAUACGACCUACAAGCAGACCCCACUGUGGAUGGCGUCUACCGCCGGAGAUGAAAUACUUCAAAUGUUCCUUGAGAGGAAGGAUAUCGAGAUCAAUGGCCAGAGUCGGUGGGGUGAGACACCCUUGUAUCAGGCCCUUCAACGCAAGCGCCUUUCAGCCGCGAAGAUGCUUCUGGAUGCUGGGGCAGAUCCCAACGUACCUACAGAUGAGAAGAAGACCGUACUCUCAUGGGCUGCAGCUGAAGGUAGCGAAGAGUCCAUCGGAUUGCUCCUCAAACAGCCUAGCAUUGAAGUUGACGUCGCAGAUAAGUCCGGCCAGACACCUCUACUGCGAGCAGCUGACGCUGGCCAUACCAAGUGUGUCAGGAUACUGCUUGACAAAGGUGCCAAUUUGAAGCACGCAGACAAUGAGGGAAGGACUGCGCUGGCUCUAGCUGCAAUCAAAGGCCACAAGGUCGUCGCAAAGCUCUUGCUCAAGAACAGUGCGGAGAUCAACGCGCAAGAUAGGAUGGGAAACACACCACUCGCGUUGGCUGCAGAGAAGAAUCACGACGCAGUCGUCAGGUUUUUGCUGGAGAGUGGCGCUGACGCGGACCUUCCUGAUGAGGACGAGGAAACACCGUUUGAAAAGGCGCGAGAUCGCCAUAUGAAUCAAAUCGUGGAAGUCUUCAAAGAGAUUUUGAAGCUUUGA